CAGGGCGGGCUGCGGGUGCUGGAGGCGCUGGCGGCCUCGGCGCUGCGCUCGGUGCGCUUUGCCCGCGAGGUGCCGGGGCUGGGCGCCGUGGUGGCCAGCGACCGCUCCCCGCGCGCCGCCGAGCUGAUGGCGCAGAACGUGGCCCGCAACGGCGUCGGGGACACGGUGACACCGCGCCUGGCCGACGCCAGGAUGUUGAUGUACGAAAGCAAAGCCCAGCGGGAACCCUUUGACGUCAUCGACCUGGACCCCUACGGGAGCCCCGCGCCCUUCCUGGACGCGGCCGUGCAGGCCGUCAGCGAGGGGGGCUUGCUGUGCGUGACCUGCACGGACAUGGCGGUGAUGGCCGGCAACAGCGCCGAGACCUGCUACAGCAAAUACGGCGCCGUGUCCCUCAAGGGCAAGUUCUGCCACGAGAUGGCCCUGAGGAUCGUCCUGCACAGCCUCGACCUCCGCGCCAACUGCUACCAGCGCUUCGUGGUGCCGCUGCUGUCGGUCAGCGCCGACUUCUACGUGCGCGUCUUCGUCAGGGUCUUCACGGGCCAGGCCAAGGUCAAGGCCUCGGCCAGCAAGCAGGCGCUGGUGUUCCAGUGCGUGGGGUGCGGCUCGUACCACCUGCAGCGCCUGGGCAGGGCCACCAGCCACGGCAGCGGCUUCAAGUACAGCGCAGCCACGGGGCCGCCCGUGGGUCCGACCUGCGAGUUCUGCCAGCAGCGCCACCAGGUGGGGGGCCCGGUGUGGGCUGAGCCCCUCCACGACCCCACCUUUGUGGAGGGGGUGCUGGCGGCGCUGGAGCGGAGCCCCGGGCGCUUCUCCACCGAGCCGCGCAUGCGGGGGAUGCUGAGCGUCAUCGCCGAGGAGCUGAGCGAUGUCCCGCUGUACUACACCCUGGACGGGCUGAGCAGCACCAUCCGCAGCAACACGCCCUCCCUGCUGCAGCUCAGGUCAGCCCUGCUGCACGCGGGGUUCCGCGUCUCGCUGUCCCACGCCUGCCGCAACGCCGUCAAGACGGACGCGCCGCCCUCCGUGCUCUGGGACAUCAUGCGCUGCUGGGCCAAGCUCCACCCGGUGAAGCUGGAGCGGCUCCCGGAAUCCAGCCCGGCCGCCCGGAUCCUCUCGGUGGAGCCCACGCUCCAGGCUUCCUUUGCCCUCCACGAGGACGCCAACCCCAGCUCGCGGAAGCGCGGCUUGAAGCGAUUCCCCGAGAACCCCGAAGCUUUUUGGGGUCCCAAGGCCAGGGCCAAGCCAGGGGGGGGCAUCGCCCCCUCCCUGCAGGAGAAGAGGGAGAGGCUCCAGAACAAGAGGAAGCAGCAGCCGGACGGGGCCGGGCUGAAACAAUUCCCUUGCAAACGCUUCAAGGAGGGCACCUGUCCCCACGGUGAGCAGUGCUGCUACUCCCACGAGCCCCCCCCGGCUGCCCCCUCCCCAUUAAAACACGUCUGACCCGA